AUGAACUUCUGUGAUACCCGCCCUUUGCAAAUAUACUUUCCCAAUGACUUGAAAAAGCAUUUUAAACAGGAUGCGGUAUUUCUUUUGGGGUACGAAGUCGGGAAUGCGUGUAUCAUAUUCCAAUGUACAGAGGCUUUACACGACUCAAUUGAUAAAAUCCCCGACUUGAAAGUGGUUGGAGCUAUAAACCACCCGUCAAGGGAGUAUCCGAUAAACUUGAACUAUAAUAAAGCAAGCGGAGGCAUUUCGUGUCUGCUUAAUCCUACAAUUAUCUACUUUGAUCCACCAAAUUUUAGAAACUUAGAGUAUUUCUCUAUAGAGCCAAUAUUGUUACAAUCUAUGGAGAAACCAGAGAAGUCAACUUCACCACUAGGCUCAAAAUUUGACGUGUACCAGCCCGAAGUUGGAAUCUCACCUCAAAAUACAUCGAUUGCUAAUGAGGAUGUACUUGAAAAAAUCAACCUGAUAUACAGGACUAGAACAACCAAUUUAAACAUUAACAACUCAAACUACAUCAAUUUGUAUAACUCAUUGUGGUUAAUUUUUAAUGACAUCUUACUUGGGAUAACAGCAUAUGGGUAUAUUGAAAAAUAUCAGAAUCAAAUAUUCAAUUUCAUCCAGUCAACAGUUUUGGAAAAGUGUUUAUACAAUGAUUUAGUUUCGUUGAUUACAUGGGUAUCAACCGAAAACCCCGCCGGUUUCAAAUUGAACACCGAUUUGGGUAAAUUCCUUGGUGAUUUAUACAUUUGGACGAUUCUAUUUUGGAAAGAUCAGGUUGAAAAUGUCCAAAUUGCCGAAAAUAAAGCUAUGCUUUUAACGAUAAUUUAUAAACGCCAACUUGAAAUCAUCAAAUCGCUAUUUCAAUUGUUUCGAGGCAAGAAGUACAAUGUGCUUCGUAACAGAAUUGAUAAUUUAAAUAACUAUGAAACUGGCGAUGUAUUCGAAAUUGAUCAACUACUAUUGGGCACUUUAUUAUUCAUGAUGAUGAUUUUCCUUUUACCGACCACUUUUGCAUUUUAUCUUACAUUUUCAGUGAUUCACAUCUUGAUCCUCAUGGCUUACAACUUGUUGGAGAAUAUAACAAUCGUAUUAAAUUUCACACCAAUAUUUGUAUGCUUGUUGAAGUUUAAAAACUCAAAGAGAUUACAAGGUGGAAUCAGAUUUGAAUAUGAGAGGUCGUACCGUGGGACAACAUUUCUAUCAAUGUCGAAUAAGUCGUUAACAUAUCAAGAAAUAUUCGUAAACUAUGUCAAGUUGUUUCAAAGGUCAAAGAAUUUCAGACAUUCAAUUGUAAAGAAUCUUUUAUCAGGGUAUAUGAUUUCAUUCAGAUAUGACUACAAUCUCAAAUUUCUUUACUUGAUGUUGCCACAAGAAUACACUGAAACAACAAGUAUCUGGAAGUAUGUUAAAUAG